AUGUGGAAAGACGCACUAUAUAGACUGAAAGCUGAUCCAGCUGAGUACAUCUUCGUACUCACUGCAAAUCGAUUGUUUACGGAAAAAGACAAGUACGAUAUAGCAGACAUAAUGUGGGAAGAAUUCGGAGCAGAAGGACUGGCCAUCUGCAACGAAUCUUCUUUCCCAAUGAUUUGGUAUGGCAAACAGACAGGUGUCUAUGUAGACUGCGGUGAAUUGAUCACUUCUGUUGUCGUCUUCCACGACGGCCGACGUCUUAGUAACAAUGUGCUCAAUUUUGUGAAAGAACGAGUGGAACUGUCGUCGUAUAUUGAAAAUGAAGAGUAUGACAUGAUUACAAUUAGAGUAAAGGCGGGACAAAGCCUAAACGUACACAUGCAAGUGGACGGAGUCAGGCUGCCUAUGAAAAUGGAUACUGGUGCAGCAGUAUCAACUGUCGAUAUGGCAGAGAUGUUUUGA